CUUCCGAAGUCAACAGGCGCCAUUGUUGUUGCAUUAUCUUCUGAAUAUAUCGCUCGGGUUUGAAUCUGCGCUAGUUUGAACAUCGCUUUUGAGUGUCAGUAUGCAGACGAGCAGCUAUGUUCAAGAUCUGAUGGCGACAAGGUUUCCCCAGGUUCUCGUCCUCCCAACCACUCCUGUCUCUCGUCGUCGCUGUGUGACCCGUCCCCAUCCCCUGUCCCUCCUGCCCUCACCCAUCACGUCCCUCCCCGACCCUGUCUCAUCUGUGUCAGUGAACAUCACUGGUCAGGUCAUCAUGGAUGAUACUGAUUUCAUUGAGAUACUUCUUGGUGAAGAUGACGACACACGUGUGAAGCCCCAGUCUUUCAUGAGAGCCUUCCUGUCCCGUGUGAUCAACAUGAUCAAGAGAAUGUUCACAUCCAACAAGAUGAAUGCUUGAAGCAACAUUUUGUGUUGUUGUGCCUCCCUUAAACCUUUGUGAUUAUUUUGGGACUGUUAACAAAUCAUUAGAACAUUUUGGGAAAAGCACAAUCAUAUUGUAUCAGUAGUUUUUAUAUGGUUAAUAUAUCUGUUUGUUGCUGAAACACACUUGUUACUGACUUUGUUAAC